CAGGUUGAUCCCGCCGAGCCGCCCCCAGCAACGUUGUAUAUACGAGGCAGUCGCUCAGACAUCCAUCCUCCUUAUCGCCGCUCGACAAUGAAGGGCUCAAUGCUGGCGCUGGCCGCGCAGCUGGUGACGUCGACGUCGGCCUUCCGGCUUGUGCAGCGUGAGAACCCAAAGGUGGUCAAGCUCGAUAUCAGUCGCCGCGAUGUAAACCCUAUCGAGCACGACCGGUUACGGAGGCGAGACACGGUCGAAGUGACGCUGGACAACCUCGAGACGCUAUAUUUCAUGAAUGCCAGCCUGGGCACGCCAGCACAAAACGUCCGGCUCCACGUCGACACGGGCAGCAGCGACCUCUGGGUAAACGCCGCCAACUCCCGCCUAUGCUCAAGCAUCAGCGAGCCUUGCAGUACCGCAGGCACUUACAGCGCCAACGAUUCGUCUACAUAUACAUAUGUGAACAGCGUCUUUAAUAUAUCCUACGUGGACGGCUCGGGCGCUUCGGGCGACUACGCCACAGACACAUUCCACUUGAGCAAUCCGGAUUUGACAGUAAAAGACUUGCAGUUCGGCAUCGGAUACACUUCGAGCUCGUACGAAGGCAUCUUGGGUAUUGGCUACCAGGUCAACGAGGUCCAGGUCAACCGUGCUGGUCUAGAUCCGUACCCCAAUUUCCCCCAGAAGUUGGUUGAUGACAAGACGAUCAACACCAACGCCUAUUCUCUGUACCUGAACGACUUGGACGCAUCCACCGGCAGCAUCCUCUUUGGCGGCGUUGAUACGGGCAAGUUCAAUGGAACACUCAGCACGCUUCCCAUCAUCACUGAGGCGAACACAUACGCAGAAUUCAUUAUCGCGUUGACCGCUAUGGGCGAAAAUGGCAACAAGGGUUCCAUCUUCGACAACGAGAAUGUCGCAGUGCUUCUCGACUCCGGAUCGUCUCUCAUAUAUCUUCCCGACAACGUUGCCCAAGCGUUGUACACCAAAUAUGACGCAACAUAUGACUCCACACAGGGCGCAGCUAUCUGCAACUGCGAUCUCGCCAACCAGGAGGGAUCAUUGGAAUUCACCUUCUCUUCCGAUGGGCCUACCAUUUCGGUUCCACUGAAUGAGCUUGUACUGGUAAUGGGUUACCAGCGUGGCCAGCCCAUUUGCAUUCUAGGCAUUGGUCCCUCUGGCGACUCAAUCUCCGUUCUUGGAGACACCUUUUUACGAUCCGCCUACGUCGUAUAUGACCUUGAAAACAACAAGAUUGGCCUUGCACAAACCGUGUUCAAUUCUACGGAAUCAAAUAUCCAAGAAAUACAAUCUGGAUCAACUGGCAUACCCAGCGCUACAGGUGUGCCCAACGCUGUCUCUUCCCUCAAUGUACAAGGCGGCGGUGGCCGCAUUGGCGGUCCUUCGGUCACAGGAUCAAUCGGUGGCGGAUCAUCGAGUGGGCUCGGAUCGCCUGCCGUGACUCCAAUGCCAUGGCACGCUGCUGGUGCCGCGCUUGCUGGCGCCGGACUCAUGAUGAGCUUCAAUUGACUUUGAACCUCUCAAUCACUUAUCACAGAUUUCUCUUAAGUAUUUAUCGACAUAAAAGGCGCCGUUGCAUAAGUCGGCGUUACAGGAAGGGAUGCAUUGGACAUUCGGAUACCAAUGUCAGGUCACAGGUGCAACGCGAGCGCCC